AUGGUCUUCAGAUCUAUCUACCAUCACUCUCAUCUACUACCUCUCUACCUCUCACACCUACAAGACUUAUCCAAACGACCCUAUACCACUCUACCUACCACUAAGGUAUACACCAAAAUGAAGUUCAUCCUCCUCUCCGCCCUCUCCCUCCUGGCCGUCUUCGCCACCGCCAAUCCCAUCGACAUUGAUGUCGGCGCGGUGGUCUCGGGCGCUGCAGAUGCAGCUGCCAGCGUUGGUGCGGAUGUAGAUGCCGCUGUUGGUGAUAUUAUCUGA